AUGCCCGGAGCCUCCGCCGCUGCCGCCGCAGCCGCCGCCGCGAUGCUCCCGGCACAGGAGGCUGCCAAGCUGUACCACACCAACUAUGUGCGGAACUCGCGCGCCAUCGGCGUGCUGUGGGCCAUCUUCACCGUGUGCUUUGCCAUCGUCAACGUGGUGUGCUUCAUCCAGCCCUACUGGAUCGGCGACGGCGUGGACACCCCGCGAGCCGGCUACUUCGGCUUGUUCCACUACUGCAUCGGCAACGGCUUCUCCCGCGAGCUGACGUGCCGAGGCAGCUUCACCGACUUCUCCACGCUGCCCUCGGGCGCCUUCAAAGCCGCCUCCUUCUUCAUCGGCCUCUCCAUGACGCUCACCAUCGCCUGCAUCGUCUGCUUCACCCUCUUCUUUUUCUGCAACACGGCCACGGUGUACAAGAUCUGUGCGUGGAUGCAGCUCACCUCCGCUGCCUGCCUUGUGCUUGGCUGUAUGAUUUUCCCUGAUGGCUGGGAUUCAGAUGAAGUAAAACGGAUGUGUGGAGAAAAGACAGACAAGUACACUCUCGGGGCUUGUUCAGUCCGCUGGGCGUACAUCCUGGCAAUUAUUGGAAUAUUGGAUGCCCUGAUCCUGUCGUUUCUAGCAUUUGUGCUUGGUAACCGACAAGACAGCUUGAUGGCAGAGGAACUGAAGGCAGAAAACAAAGAUGAUGGAAAUGCUUAAGGCAAACUAAGGUAGUGUGAGACCACACCAUUUCUGCUAAGCCAAUAUUCUCUAGAAUGAGCACAAAACAAAUCAAAUAACAGCUAAACAAAUUGAAAAACAGCUUUUGUACAUCAACAUCAAGCAGGAAGAUGCCAGGGAAAGACUGGAGUCCAGAGACGAACAUGGACCAUAGUGAAGCAUCCACUUGCAAAGCACCUUCUAAUUCGAGAUCGGCAGAGAUGGGAGUGAUUUUUCUGGAAAGGGAUGUGGAUUGUGGAUUAAACACCAGCUCAUUGGAAACUGUCAUUGAAUAAGAUCAGAUAACAUUCAUGAAAAAAUCAUAUCCAGGAAAUAUUUGAAGGAAGAGGAAUAUAAAUGUGCUAGAACUAAUGUGUAAAAUACAUAUGUACUGAGAUUUAUAAGCUGUCCUUUUUAAGUCAAAUUGAAAACAAAAAGCUUUAAUCUUUCAAUACUAUUUUAACGAAAGGGCAGUUGAUUCUAGAUUGUUCCUAUCUCAAUAGCCAAGAGGCCUAUCAAGUGUCAUUUAUUGAGGAAGCAUUAGAAAAUGCCUCUGACCUUUGGAUCCUCAUUCUCAACUGUUCAUUUACUUCACUGUGUGAUUAGUUCAGACCACUCAGUUAUUAAGAGAUGUAAUGCUUCAAACUUUUUACCAGGUCUGUGUGCAGUUUAAUCUGUCUGUACAAGUUAUUACGGAGAAAGUGUUUCUGACAUAUUGCUAUAAAUCCAUCAAACUGUAUAUUACAGGAAGUGCAUCUUUACAUCAUAGUUCCCAAGCAACAUAGAUUUCCCUGUCUUUCAGGACACAGCAUAUCAAGGAACUCUGAAAAAAUAUAGAAAGCUCAUUUUCACCUUGGAUGCUCUCUCACGUACUAGAUAGGCUGCUAUCAAAUAAACACUUUUUUUCUAAUCCUCCCUAGUAUAUGCAUAGGAAUUUAAUAUGCUUUAUAAAUAGAUAUCUAAAAUAUAUGGGUUUUCUAUUUCUUUGCCAUACACAGCAUCAGAAACCAAUAUCCUUUAUUUCCUUUACUGAUAGAUACUCAUUUUUUGCUUUUUUAAAGAAAUUAUUCCAUUAAAACCUAUUUCUAAAUGAUAGUAAGUGGUACUAACAAAAUAAAUAAAAAUUUAAUAGCCUUAGAAAUAAAUGACUAUAUAAUUAUACAGGUCAAAGAAACUUGGUAGGAAUAAGUUACUUUUUUCUUUACUAAUAGUGGGUUUGAAAAUUAUGAUGAGGAGGGUGGCUGGUAUCUGGAAGGAGUUGCAACUAACCAGCUGUCUUCAAUAAUCUUUUGCUCCCAGAAUUCCCCAACCCUUACCUUCAUGACAUGCCAUGUUGAAAUCCAACAACAGAGAAAUAUUUAAUAUUGAAGGAAUCUCUGAUCUGAGAACAAAUGCAUAAAAUAUACAUGCAGAAAUACUGGUGAAAGCCAGCCCAUGUUCCAUACCUGAACAGAAGACAUGCAAGUCUUAAGAGCGUCUAUUUGUAAGCUCAGAAUGAGGUACAGUUAGUACACGUCACUAAAACAUCAAAUGGCUGGCUGAACUCUCCCCUUUCGCAAUUAAGACCACAUUCCUAUUGUAGCUCGAUGUUGCUAGUACUGGCCAUUUUUCCACCAUUAAUGGAAUAAUGUUUCAAAAUGCUAAAAGUACAAAUGCACUCAAGUGCUUCAGUAAGGAAAACUCCAUUCACGGAGAGGUGGCUUUCCUAAAGAACCAAAUGAUGGGACUACUUGGUCUCUAUAAUUAAAGCAUCGGGCCAGGCGUGGUGGUGCACACCUUUCAUCCCAGCACUCGGGCGGCAGAGGUAGGAGAAUCGCUGUGAGUUCGAGGCCAGUCUGAGACUACAGAGUGAAUUCCAGGUCAGCCCGGGCUAGUGUGAGACCCUACCUCAAAAAAAAAAAAUCGGUCAUUCUUUUUUGCGUUAAGUAGUAGAUGCCCUGUUGCAUUCAGAACACCCUAUUUACUAAAUUUAAUUACACACAACUUUUUAAAGAAUUCAUCUUUUAUUUAAAGGGAGGUAUGUCUCUACAAUAAAAACAAAAGGUACUGGAUUCCUCUAAUCCAUGUAAAUUUGAUUCCAUUAGGGAACUACACCACUAAUAGUGGCAUUAACAAAAGUGAAAAAGUACUUCCUAUCCACUUGCAAAUGCUUUUGAAAAGUUUUUGCCAUAAAAUCUAAGUGUAAUUUAGCAUAGUGUCAUGCUAUAAAGACGGCUCAUUGAUGAUGUACCAUUUGUACAUAGAUAACACACAUGUAAAUCACUAAAUGUUAAGUAUAAAAAGUAUGUUUUUACCUUUUUAAAGACAAAAAAAAGUUACUCCCUUUCUCAUUCUGUUCUGUCGUAUUAUGUCCAAAAGUUGUGUGUAAUUUUUUUAAGGUCCAGGAAAUGUAAAGAAAUUUGUUGGAAUACCUGAAUUUCUGUAAAAAAUAAAAAUAAAAAUAAGAUUUUGUUACUUAAA